CUUCCCAAACCCUUUCGUCUCUCCCUCAUUUCUUACUCUUUUUUUUUUCUUGGGGAACAAGAUGGGAAGUCAAGCAGCAGUUUCCUUCCUAACAAACUUAGCCAAAGUAGCGUUCGGUCUCGGAACAGCGGCGACGGCACUAUCCUCAUCUCUCUACACUGUCGAUGGCGGAGAGAGAGCUGUUCUCUUCGAUCGGUUCCGAGGAGUGUUGGAUCAAACCGUCGGCGAAGGAACUCACUUUCUGAUACCCAUUCUCCAGAGGCCUCACGUCUUCGAUAUCCGCACAAAGCCACACACUUUCUCGUCUGUUUCCGGUACUAAGGAUCUCCAGAUGGUUAAUCUCACUCUUCGUGUUCUGUCUCGCCCCGAGGUGUCGCGUCUUCCUACCAUUUUUCAAACAUUGGGUCUCGAGUAUGAUGACAAGGUUCUUCCUUCGAUUGGAAAUGAGGUCUUGAAGGCUGUGGUUGCUCAGUUCAAUGCUGAUCAGCUCCUCACCGAGCGUCCUCAAGUGUCAGCACUUGUGCGUGACUCUCUUAUUAAGAGAGCUAAGGACUUCAACAUUGAGCUCGACGAUGUCGCCAUCACGCAUUUGUCAUACGGUAUGGAGUUCUCGAGGGCAGUGGAGGCGAAGCAAGUGGCUCAGCAGGAAGCAGAGAGGUCCAAGUUUGUGGUGAUGAAGGCUGAUCAGGAGAGGAGAGCUGCGGUUAUUAGAGCUGAAGGUGAGAGUGAAGCUGCUCAGUUGAUUUCUGAUGCAACUGCUAAAGCAGGGAUGGGACUGAUCGAGCUCAGGAGGAUUGAGGCUUCAAGGGAGGUUGCAGCUACACUGGCUAGGUCUCCGAACGUUGCCUACUUACCCGGUGGACAAAGCAUGCUCUUUAACCUGAACGCUGGUCGUUGAUCAAGCAAUUGGGAGAGGAGAGCGCAAGUGAAAUAGAACAUCUUUAAGUUGCUAUAUUGAGCCUUUUAGGUUAUUUCUGUUUUGAAUCUUAGGCAAAGUUUUUUCUUAUAACACUGUUACCUCUAUCCUCCCCUUCCUAUGGAUUUAUUCGGCUUUUUUUUCUCUCUUAACAAUGAAGCAUAAUCAAUUAAUAAUUGAGAGAGCCAUCACAUGUAACUUGGCCAAUGAUUUUGUUUGUCUCUCGCAAAAAAUUCAACAUUCAAAUGAAAUUUUCUGUUAA